AUGCCCUACUUCCCAGAUGAAGUGGUGGAGCACAUCCUUGGCUUCGUAUCGUCGUACCGUGACCGCGACGCUGCAUCUCUCGUGUGCCACGCGUGGUACCGCAUCGAGGGCCUCACUCGCCGCUCCGUGUUCAUUUCCAACUGCUAUGCGGUGCGCCCGGAGCGUGUGCACGCCCGUUUCCCCUGCCUGCGCUCGCUGACCGUGAAGGGCAAGCCACGCUUUGCUGACUUCAACCUUGUCCCUGCGGGGUGGGGUGCCUCAGCGGAGCCAUGGGUGGAUGCGUGUGCCCGUGCAUGCCCUGGCCUUGAAGAGCUCCGCCUGAAGCGGAUGGUUGUCACUGAUGGUUGCCUCAAUCACCUUGCUCACUCAUUUCCCAAUUUGAGAUCACUAGUCCUUGUUAGCUGUGAGGGGUUCAGCACUGAUGGCCUUGCUACUAUUGCCACCAACUGCAGGUUUCUCAAGGAGCUUGACUUACAAGGGAGUCAGGUGGAGUUUCGAGGCCGUCAUUGGUUGAGUUGUUUCCCCAAGCCUUCGACAUCAUUAGAAUCCUUGAAUUUUGCUUGCUUGGAUGGAGCAGUGAGUGCUAAUGCAUUGGAAAGUCUUGUUGCAAGGAGUCCAAAUCUUAAAAGCUUAAGGUUAAAUCGUGCAGUUCCACCAGCUGUUUUAGCCAAAAUUCUUACUUCCGCUCCUAAGCUGGUGGAUUUAGGUACAGGAUUGGUUGCUCAAAGCAAUAAUGCUGGUGCACUCCCCAGUCUCUACAGUGCUAUUCAGCAAUGCACUUCUCUGAAUAGUUUAUCAGGCUUUUGGGAUUCUCCACGUUGGAUUACUCCAAUAAUACAUUAUAUUUGCAAGAAUCUAACAUGCUUGAACCUUAGCUAUGCUCCAAUGUUUCGGACAGUUGAUCUUAUUGGAACUAUUCACCAAUGUCAGAAUCUCCGACACUUGUGGGUACUAGAUCACAUUGGCGAUGCAGGAUUGAAGGUUGUAGCCUCUUCUUGCCUGGAGCUGCAAGAGUUGAGGAUAUUUCCUGCGAAUGCAAAUGUGUUAGCAAGCACUGGUGUGACAGAGGAAGGGCUGGUUGCAGUAUCUUCAGGCUGUCGGAAGCUAAACUCUGUGCUCUAUUCCUGCAGUCGAAUGACUAAUUCUGCUCUGAUUACAGUGGCAAAGAACUGCUCGCGAAUCACUUCGUUCAGACUGCAUAUCUGCCUGCAUGGGUCAGUAGAUGCCGUGACAGGCCAGCCACUGGACGAGGGUUUUGGGGCAAUCGUCCGGUCAUGCAAGGGCCUCAGGCGUCUAUCUAUGUCUGGCCUUCUCACGGACAGCGUGUUCCUGUACAUCGGCAUGUACGCCGAGAGGCUGGAGACGCUCUCUGUCGCGUUUGCAGGAGAUAGUGAUGAUGGCAUGAUCUAUGUGCUCAACGGCUGCAAGAAUCUCAGGAAGCUGGAGAUCAGGAACUGCCCAUUUGGCAACAGCGCGCUUCUUGCAGGCACGCACAGGUACGAGGCGAUGCGCUCGCUUUGGAUGUCGUCGUGCGACAUCACCCUGGGUGGCUGCAGGUCCCUCGCGGCAGCCAUGCCAGGCCUCAACGUCGAGGUCAUCAGCCAGGCGGAUGGAGGCGCCAACGAUGCAAAGGUGGAGAAGCUGUAUGUCUACAGGACACUCGCCGGCCCGAGAGAUGAUGCCCCUGGAUUCGUCUCGGCACUGUAA